AUGGCGGAGGUGGGCCGGGCUGCUGUGUGCGACCCGGGUGCGCUACUCCCGGGGGGCUUCUGGGCGGCGGUGGCCGUGUGGCUGGAGAGGCCGCAGGUGGCCAACAAACGGCUGUGUGGCGUCCGUCUGGAGGCCCGGCGGAGUGUGGCGUUGCCCCGGGCCGCUGCCGGACCCCGUCCUCGCUCCCCCGGUGAGGGCCUGGGUCCUGGGCACACUACAGGCCCGGCGCAGGGCACCGCGAUUCGCGGGCCCGGGGAAUCGCAGCCCCGGCACGGGCAAAGGGAGAACCGCAGGGAAGUGGACGCCGCGGCUCGGCUCGCAGGGGGUUCCGGGCCAGCCGGCGAGGCUGGAGUCGGGGAGAGCGAUUUCCCUGCCUCGAAUCUGGAUUCUCUCUGGGACGCUUUCUCUCAGAGCCUCGACGGCGGCCAUCCAGAGCUGCUGGCCUUCCUUAGCGGGCCCAGGGCGGGAUCCCAGCCGGAGGCGCCGAGCGAGCUCGCCGUGGUUCUCAGAACCCUCAUCCCGAAAACAGGCCCUCGCUGCCCGCUUGCUGUCCCGAGGAGAGAACUAGUCGUGCAAGAUGUCCUCAAUGGAACUGUAACUUUUUUACCUUUGGAAGAAGAUGAUGGUGGGAAUGUAAAGGUUGAGAUGAGCAACGUGUAUCAAAUCCGGCUCAGUCAGAUCCAGGAAGAAUGGUUCAUAUCUAUUUUAAUUUUCUGUUCAGAAAGAUGGCAUUCAGAUGGCAUCGUUUAUCCCCACCCUGCCUGGCUGGGAGAAGAGCUGCUGGCCAGGUUGGCCCGGUGGUCUGUGGAGAGCAAGAAGAGCGGAUUUAAAAGCACCCUGUCCCUCAUUUCUAUCAUCAAGUACAGCAAAAUGUACCAGAUGCUUAAGGAGAAGUAUAAAGACAUGGUCAAGGUGUGGCCCGAAGUAACCGAUCCCGAGAAGUUUGUGUAUGAAGAUGUGGCUAUCGCUGCAUACCUGCUGAUUUUGUGGGAAGAAGAAAGAGCUGAGCGGGGCUUGAUGGCCAAGCAGUCCUUUGUUGACUUAGGAUGCGGGAACGGUCUCCUGGUCCAUAUCCUGAGCACCGAGGGGCACCCAGGCAGAGGGAUCGAUGUACGGAGAAGAAAAAUCUGGGACAUGUAUGGACCACAGACUUGCUUGGAGGAAGGUGCAAUCACCCCAAGUGAUAAGACCCUUUUCCCUGACGUCGAUUGGUUGAUUGGUAACCAUUCCGAUGAACUGACGCCGUGGGUGCCCGUCAUUGCGGCCCGGUCCUCCUAUGGCUGCCGUUUCUUUGUCCUUCCCUGCUGCUUCUUUGACUUCACCGGGAAGUACUCCCGGAGGCAGAGCAGGAAGACUCAGUACCGAGAGUACCUUGAUUUCAUCACAGAAGUGGGGCUGACCUGCGGGUUUCACGUCGAGGAGGACUGCCUGCGCAUUCCGUCAACCAAAAGGGUUUGUCUCAUUGGGAAAUCCAGAACGUACCCACCUGCUGGGGAAGUUGCCAUGGAUGAGCAGAGAACCCAGUACAUUAACAGCAGGCGGGGCCGCCCCGUGAGCCCACCUGGCGAGGCGUCUGUCCCUCCUCCACCCCGGGCCACGGUGGGACACGCAGGUCACCCCGACAGGCACCAGGCCUUGGACACCGGGGCUGCCACAGGAGGGGCAGAGAUCCGGGCCGACCAACUCUGGCUGUCUGGAUUUCAGCCCAGAGAGAAAGCUGAGCGCGUGAGGAAUUGUGCCACCCUUCCUCGAGAUUUUAUUGACCAAGUGGUUUUGCAAGUGGCACAUUUGCUGUUGGAUGGAGAGCAGUUAAACACAGGAAGCGCUUCCAGCGGCAGCUCGAAGGCUUGGAACCGAGGAGGAAGCCUCUCCUUGGCAGAAGUGGCCCGUGAGCUGGCCGGGGAGACGCUGCAGAGGUUGAAGCGGGAGUGUGGAGGCCUGCAGACGCUGCUCAGAAACAACCAUCAGGUGUUUGAAGUUGUGAACGGGAGAGUUCACAUUCGCGACUGGAGAGAAGAGAAGCUACAGAGGCAGCCUCACUCGGAAGCAAAGCGGAGACUCUGCUCAGAAGCUUUCAAGACCCGCGUGUGCUGGUUCUACAGUCACCACCCCGAUGGCUGUGUUCUGCCUUCGGACAGCUGCCCGUUUGCCCACGGGCCAGCAGAGCUGCGGCCGCCCCGGACCCCCAAGAGGAAGAAGCCAGUUCUGUGAGCUGCGUGCGAGGGGCACACCCUGGCUCCCUUGGGGACUGCGGACUUUGCAGUUGGGGGUGACUUCCUCUGGAUUCCCCUGUAAUGUUGCCUGUUAGUUACACGCACACCAGACGCUGCAGAAGCUGGUGUCCCUCCUGCAUCCGCCCCUGAGUCAGUGCUGGCGCUGUGUUAUAAAUGAGGUCACACCUGUGUUUAGCAUCUUUAUUCCAGAAAGAGCACAGAAGCACUUGGAGCAUUUCAUUGUCUCAAAGGUGAGGAAGUGCCUGGACCAUCCGGCCCCUCUCGGGAGCUUGGCUCGGGCUCGCUGGACUCGUGGCUGAGAGCGGGCUCACCCCAGGAGCACAGCCAGUCCCACCCACUCCAGGCUGUACAGGCAGCCUAGCCACUCCGGGUGCUUAUCACUACACGCAGGUUUUGUCAAGGCUGUAAUGCUUACACGUGCAGGUUAUUUGUAGUUACAGAGAACAAAACAACCGUCAUGUCUUUAGCCAGGUCACGCUAGGUGAUGGGAAAGAAAAUCCUAAGUGAUACCCAACAAGGCCAGAAAAUCUAAAGAUCACAGAAAGCGAAAACCCCCUUGCCGUCCCUCUCUACUAGACCUUCUCCCCAGAAGUGCUGUCAGCGGAUCUUUUGGUUCUGGAGAAAAAAAAUCCCCCAUGUGUUUCUG